ACAGUCUAGGAGCUGCAAUAGCAAAGGCACGGUCGCCUCUGGUUUUCAACCUAGACUUAGGUUGCAUUAAGAGCAUCUGGUUAGAAGAUCUUAGGAUUAUACAAAUGAAGAAGCUCUGUUAAAUAGCUAGGGGCAAUGUUAUUUAAGAUUUUAUAAGUGAGUAAAAGAAUUUUAAAAUCAAUGCGAAAUUUCACAGGAAGCCAGUGUAAGUUGGCUAAAACUGGAGUCAUAUGAUCAUGCAUUCUGGCACCCGAUAAAAGGCGUGCAGCAGCGUUCUGUACUAAUUGCAACCGGUGAAGAGAGGAGUGAGGGAGGCCUAAAUAGAGGGAGUUACAGGGAGUCCAGUUUAGAGGUAAUGAAUGCAGCUUUUCAAGGUCCUUGGGGGAGAGGAAAGGCUUAGCUUUAGAAAUUUGACGUAGCUGAUAGAAGCUAGAUUUAACCACAGCAGUACUUGUUUCUCUAAUUUGAAGGAGCUAUCCAAGAGUACCCCAAGGUCUCUUACGUUGGUGGAGGCCCCGCCCAUGUUUUUAUUUUGAAAACCACGCAGGAACAGAACUUCACGAAUUACAGACGUCCCGAGGUGUGGAAGUUUCUCGGUCCGUGGGUCCUCUCAGCGGCGCCAUGUCCGCCGCCCCCCGCCACAGAGUGGCUCUUCUUUACGGCCUCCUCCUCCUCUUCUUCUGCGGUGGAGCCGAUGGAUCCGAGGUGCCGCCUCCUCAGAACGUCACCACGAAGACCUUGAACACCAACUACACGCUGAGCUGGGACUGGGCGCCGGGCGCUGCAGGGACCCACGCCGUCACCUUCACCACGCAAUAUGUGCUGAACCACCAGCUGAACAGGAAGCCUCCAAACUGGAUCACAGCGUGCAACCAGACGUCACACCGGUCAUGUGACCUCACACGGUUCAAGCUGUUUUUCUGGGGCAACUUCAUGCUCCGGGUGCGAGCCACCGUGGACGGGCGGCACUCGGAGUGGGCGCAGAAGGAGUUCUGCCCCAAAGAGGAGGCCUUCAUCGGUCCACCUGAUGUGACUCUUCAUGUCACUGGGACAUCUUUGGAAGUCAGCAUUAAAGACCCAGUGUUCAAGUAUUCAGAACUGAGGGAGGUGUACACCGUGGCCACCUAUAACAUCACCUACUGGAAGAGCAGCCCGAAGGAAGAGGUAAAAAAGAUCCUUGAAACGAGGCAGGACCGAGUGGUUCUUAAUAACCUGGACCCGAUGAGCGAGUACUGCGUCCAAGUCCAGAUCAUCUAUGAGAUGAACCCCAGACCGGGCGAGUACAGCGACGUCGUCUGUGAGCACACCGGUGACGUGGAUGCAGCUCCGUGGGUGGCGGCCGUGGUGGCGUUUGUGGUCAUGGCCACAGUGGUGGCUCUGGUGGUGACUCUGGUGGUCUACUGGACACGAAUCUCCAAGUUCCUGUGCCCAGAAGUCGUGCUGCCACCACACUUUAAAGAGUCUCUGCUGCCUGCCAACCCCUCCAUCUACCCGGUCUCGCUGCCCUCUGAGCACUGCGACCAGGUCAGCAUCAUAGCAGACCACAGGACUGAGGAGGAGGAGGAAGGAGGGUGCAGCACACAGCCUGAUACCUCACAGGAGGGGGGAUAGGAGGAGCAGGAGGAGGUGGGAUGCACUUUAAAGACUCUGAGAAUCGGCCUCUGACUGUGAGGUUUUAGAGCUGUGAACUCUGCAGCAGUGAAGUGAUGAAGACGAGCAAGAACAGGUGAAGCCGGCCCAGGUGAAGCCGUUCCCACUGUCACAGGCUGCUGUUUAUGCUUUAAUAGUUUAUUCAUGUCAAUGUAAAUGUUUUAUUUUCUACUUUUUUAAAAAUGUUUUUACUGUUUUUUUAAAUACCAUAGCAUAGUUUAUUUAUAUAGCACUUUAAAAACAGAACAUUCCUGACCAAAGUGCUGUACAACAGAAAUAAUAACAGGGACAAUAAGAAUAAUAAAUACAAUAAAUAACAAUAAUAAUACCAAUAAAAUAAUAGUGUCAGUUACCCACUGAGUCAAAGGCCAGCGAAUAAAAAUAGGUUUUUAACCUGGAUUUAAAAACCACCGCUGAUGUAGACGGCCUAAUGUGAAGAGGAAGAUCAUCCAAAGCUUCGGGGCCACAGUAGAGGACGCUCGGUCUCCUCUAAGUUUCAGCCGAUUUAGAGACUGAGAGCAACAGCUGACCAGAGUGGACGGGGUGGGCAUAGGGCUGCAGCAGAUCAGACAAAUAUACAGGCAACAGACCAUUUAAGGAUUUAAAUUCCAGUAAAAGGUUUUUAAAAUAGAUCCUAAAUUCAACUGGAAGCCAGUGUAAGGAGGCCAGAACCGGAGUAAUGUGCUCAGAUUUUCUUUACCAGUUAAAAACCAUGUGUGUGACACGCCCCACACUUGCAGUAGUCCAAGCGUGAGGUUAUAAAAGCGUGGAUGACAGUUUCCAGCUCACGCCUGGACAGAAAAGGCUCGACCUUCGACAGACGUCUGAGGUGAUAGAGUGAAGAUUUCACCACCCCGUUUACGCAGUGUCGAUUUUUACCCCAAGAUAAGUAACUGAGAUCUUCAGGUAAAUGUUUUUACAUGUUUCUAAAGGUUUUAAUGAUUUUAAAAAAAGUUUUUUAAAGGUUUUAAUGAUUUUUAUUGAUUUUUUUAAAAAAUGUUUAAGAUUUUCAUG